AUGGCGAGAAAUGAAGUUAUUAUUGGCAUAUUCGCGGCCGAUAUCGCAUUGAAAUUGUUUUACUAUUCUUUCAAAUUGGGUGUGUAUAAGGUUGUAAAAGGUGGCAAAGUUCCAUUAGGACCACACACCACUAUUGUUAACAUAGACACCAUGCAAUUUCUUGGAACCUUUCUUCUAGAGAUACAUGGUUCACCAAAGGGUCUUCGGUCUAGCGAUACCCAGGAUUUUGAUAAGGCUGUCUUUGCAAAUGCAAUAGGUGUUCUGGCCCUUGGAGGAGAUCACAAGAAGCUAUUAGAGAUCAUACCAGAUCAUGUAAAGAAGACAUGGACCGAGUGGGCACUUCAGGUACUGGUUUUUAUCAGCAUCGCUUCACAAGUUGUCUUAUUUUUACUUGGCAACCUUCGGAAACACAAUCCACGGACACGAAUCAGAAUUUCUCUCUGGUGUGCCUACUUAGUCACAUAUGCAGUUGCAUCUGGAGCUCUUAGUAUCAUCACCCGAAGUGCCUUAGACGUUUGCAGCACCUCUCAUCCGGUAUCAAUAUCUGAAAAGCCAAACACAAGUGAGCUCAUGUCUUUUUGGGCACCGUUUUUCCUUCUUCACCUUGGUGGUCCAGACACCAUUACCGCCUACUCAUUAGAAGAUAAUGAACUUUGGUUACGACACUUGGCAGAAGUCGGUUUUCAAUCAGGAGUCGCGAUCUAUAUCCUCCUGUUGUCAUGGCCAGGUUGUUCUAAUCUCCCAUUACUAAGUGUAUUGGUUUAUAUAGCCGGUUUCAUCAAGUGCUUUGAACGUAUUCGUGCUUUACUACUAGCAAACACCGAGUAUCUUCGAGACUCGAUGCUUGGUUCACCUGACCCUGGUCCCAAUUAUCCCAAAUUCCUGGAGAACUACCACUUGAGAAAGUCACAGGGGUAUAAUGUGAGCGUUGGCGAAGUCCCAGAAGCCCAGUUCCCAGUAAAUGAUAAUACAUAUCCUAAAUUUCAGGGCGAUGUAAUUUCAGAAGCUUAUUAUCUAUUCCAAGCAUUCAAACGGAUUUUCGUUGAUCUCAUACUCACAUUUGAAGAUAGAGAUAAAAGCCAGUUCUACUUUAGCCAGCUUAAAUCUAAGGAAGCUUUCAAUCUAGUUGAGAUUGAGCUCGGAUUUGCAUAUGACAUGCUUUACACCAAGGCUAAUGUCUUGUAUACCUUCGUCGGGCUAGUACUUCGAGUUACUAGUGUUUUCAUCCUUCUUAUGUCACUUGUGGGCUUUUGCUUUCUCUGUGAUGUGCAUGAUUAUAGAAUUACUGAUGUUGCAAUUACUUAUCUGUUAUUUGCAACAUCAGUUGUAAUGGAAAUCGUUGCUGUUAUUACCAUGCUGCGUUCAGACCGGACAGAUGUUUGGCUGAGCCAGCGCAACUACUCACGCAACAUCCUCAUAUUUCCAUUCUUAAAGCAACCAACUAAACUAAGAUGGUCAGGAUGCAUCGCGCAGUUAGAUCUACUAAGUGUCGCGCUUGAAGAGAAGCCUGCUAGUCUUUUGACAACUCAGAAACUCCUUGGGAUAGAAAAGUAUCGCGUAAAGCAUCGGUACAAGACGUACAGCAAAGUUUCUAGCAACCUGAAAAAUCUUAUCUACAACCAAUUUCAAGAGUUCAUGAGGUGCAGCUCUGAUCCAAAAGCAUUAUGUAAUCACAAAGGUAGUUUUUCUCUCCGUAAGAAUGCGUGUGAUGAUCAGCUAUGGAGUAUCAACAAAGUCGAUUUCGAUCAAAGCAUUAUCUUAUGGCACAUUGCUACCACUCUAUGCUUUUACUCAGAAGAGCUUGACAAUCAAGGGGACAUUGAUGUGUAUCGUUUGGAAAGCAAGCAUAUAUCUGAUUAUAUGUUGUAUCUUCUUGUGUCGUAUCCUGUUAUGUUGCCAAUAGGUAUUGGCAUGAUCAGGUAUCGCGACACUUGUGCUGAAGCCACGCGUUACUUCAAAGAAAAGGGCCCUAUUACUGAAAAAGUUAAAGCAUGUAAAAAGUUGCUUAAAGUUUGUUCUCUUGACGUUUUGCCUAGUAAAGUGAAGGGAGACCGGUGCAAAUCUGCACUUUUCGAUGGUUGCAGGCUUGAGUUAACAUUGAAGAAAAUGGAAACCGAACGCAUGUGGAAAGUCAUGAGUCAACUAUGGAUUGAGAUUCUAGCAUAUGCUGCUACUCACUGCAGAGGGUUCCAGCAUGAACAACAACUUCGGAAAGGAGGUGAAUUUCUGACUCAUGUUUGGCUUCUGAUGGCACAUUUGGGCAUCACCGAGCAGUUCCAGGUGUCACAAGGCCAUGCUAGAGCUAAGUUAGUUGUAGCAUAAACACCACAUUCUGUAUUAUUUCUCUUGGAUUAUAGUGCUAAAGUCUACAUUAAGCUAUUGGUUGGUAAUCAGUGGAAACUAACACUAAAGUAAGCAUGGUAGUUAGCGGGAAAAGUGUUGCUGAUAGUGUGUUAGUACUAAAGGUUGAAGUUAGUUACUAUUGAUAUGGAGUUACUACUGAUAUAAAAUAAAUUGUAUUCUUUUGUUGGUUAUGCAAAAUGUAUAUUAGCAAUUAUAUUGAUAUGGGAAAAGAUUGUUAAUUUGCAUU